CAUGCUCAUCAUCAUGCCGAACAUGGUGGAAAAGGUACAAAAGGAUACAAAAGCUCUCACCACCAUGACCUAGCAAAGCACGGAAAGCACAGCAAGAAACAUGAAGCUGGUCACUACGGAGAAAAAGGUGGUCACAAGAAAGGCCAUCAUCACAAGGAAGAUCACUACGGGGCCCAUCAUGAGAAAGGUGGAGAACACAAAGGUGGUAAAUUUCAUAAGAAGAAAGGACACAAGAAAGGACAAAAAACUACCGGCUUCCACCACAAGUCCCAUAAAGACCAUUACCACAAGCAACAUAAGUUCUACGAUAACUACCAUAAACACGGUAAACACCAGAAAUAUGGAAAUUAUCAUGCACACCAUGGAAGUAAAGAAGGUGGACACAANAGGUCAUUUAAAAAACGGAAUGUGCUCUAA